UGUAUGUCUCCAUCCCUGCUACCACCCGCAGUCCCAGGCAACCACCGAUGGGCUUUGUGAGUUUGUGGAUUUGCCUUUUCUGGACAGUCCUUGUAACUGGAAUAAUAGGAAUGGCUUCGAUAAGAAAACCCAGCCAUCCUGUGCGUGACAUCUUUGGCGACCUCAGUGAUAUUUCCUUAGAAGACUCAAAGAUGGAGGACAUGCGGAACUCUGGUAUCAGUAGAAGUCUUACCAAAAUAGCACCCGGUCCCAGCAGAUUUUUAAAAAGAAACCAGACUCUGGGUGGAAAACACUUCGUGCCGAAAGACAAUGCUGUCCUGGGGAGUGAGCCCUGGCGCUCUUCAAAUAGACCGUCAACCACUGCCUCCAAGGUCAGGGCCAACGCGGCGCUCACGAAGCUGGCUCAGAUAGAGAGCAAGAUCAGGAAUCGGAAGGUGCGGACGGGUCCGUCAGAAGCAGAACCCGAGGACUGGCUCCCUAGCAGAGCAGAGGGAACUCGCCCCAGGAGGACAGCUGACCUUUCUUCACAGAACUCAGGACAACCCUCCCUGGAACAGGCCCUUGAAAUCCCUGUCCCUGAGACAGACAUGCCGAGUGGGAAGGCCAGUAGGUUUCUAAAGAAGAGAGAAGCAGGGGUGGAAAAGAUACCUGUGGAAGCCCAGGCUGGGAAGGAGAGGGAUGCUCAAAGACCCAAGGAGAGACAACCCCCUAGAACACUGGAUUCUCCAGACAGUGAUGAAGAGGAAAUGAAAGAGUUGCUAGGGAGCUUGAUAGAAUCUUCCAGGGAAAAAGAAACACCCACCAAUCAGGGUUUCACCAGCACCAAAGCCAGCGAGAAAGAACAAACAAAACUAGCCUCGGAUGAAAUCCCAACUCCACCGAGGGCCCUUUCACGGCCUAUCAAGGAUCUUCCCAGCUCAAAGCCCUUCCCCACUUCAUGGCUGUCAACCUCACGGUCAGCAGAUGGGACCCUUCGCGGUGCCGGCUUGAGAACUCGCUCCCCACAGAUGCACACGUCUGCCUCCCACACGGUGUCGCUUUCCAUCCCUGGUGCCUUUCCGGAGUCAGCACCCUCGACCGCGGGGGACGACGAGCUCUCAUCCUCCCUGAGAAGGAGCGAGCCUGGGCCCCAGGAGGAGCCUCCCUCAGAAGCCACCGAUGACAGUCUGAACGAUUUUAGAAUAAACAUUUUAUCCCUGGAUGAUCUGGCUCCAGCUGUCAGUGAGAAAUCAGACUUGGAAUGGAAAGAAGAAGGUCAGGGGGGCAAGGCAUCCAGUGGAAGGCCCUGGGCAGGAGAUUCCCGCUCUGAGAGCGAGAUCUCCGAGCGCCUGAGUGAGCCGUCAGCCUCGUCCCCUGGGCCCCAGGGCAUUUGUUGCCUGGGGCCGACGUCUCUGGAACCUGUGGCCAGCGUGGGGAGCUUGACUUAUUCAGAAGAUUUUGAAAAAUCCCCCAGUCCCACAGCAUCUGAGUCAACGGCCUGUUCAGAGGAGUCUCCCGACAGGACACUGGCCACUCAGUCUGAAUUUUCUGCAAGUCUGAAGUCAGACCUCCCUCCCUCAAGUCCCAAGUCACGGAAAAAGCGGGCCAGGGGUGUCCCAAGAGUCGUGGUGAAGGAGACGGCUGUGCAGACACCCGACCCCGCCUUCACCUACCAGUGGGCUGAGGCCCUGACCGCAUACAGCCCAGCCGUGUUCGCACUCAACGAUGUGCUGAAGCAGCAGCUGAGCCUGACGCAGCAGUUCAUCGAGGCCAGCCGGCACCUGCACGCGUCCCUGCUGCGCUCCCUGGACGGAGACUCAUUCCACUACCACACCCUGGAGGAAGCCAAAGAGUACAUCAGACGACACAGGCCCGCCCUGCUGACCAUGGAGGAGGCCCUGGAGGAGGUGAAGAAGGAGCUAUGGAUGCCAGGAGGGGAGAUGGACCCAAGGAUCUGAGGAGCUGGUCCCAUACGCCGGCCGUGACACUCACCCCUGAGACCCCAGGGGGCAUUCGGUGGGUGGGGGCGCUCGUCAUUUCCAGCCGAGUAGCCCCCGUUUCGUCGGCGUGCCUGUCGUUGGAGAGGACAGCACAGGCCAGUGAAGUGGAACCCAGGUGGAGCCUGUCACCACGCGCGCAGAAUGGGGGGAUGCCAGUGUGCCAGGUGAUGCCACGUGGAGUGGCUCCACCGGGGCAGGUGCUGGCUUCUCAGGGGCUCAGUAGACAGUAGGGGUGAGGAGCCCCCCUGACUAACAAGGGAGCAGGGCCACGCAUCCACGCUGGGGACCCCCGUGAGAUACCCAGGCAGAGCUCCAACCCAACUCCACGAUUCAGACAGUCUGCACUCAGGACGCGCCUCCCUGCCCUCCUCAGCCUGAGCACGCUUCUGAUUUAAACGCGCAGAGAAAAAGGUCUUUAAAAAAAGGUCUUUAUUUGAAGGCAAAACAGUAAAAUCCACAAUAAAUUGUUAACAACACAUGUUUACAUUUUAUCCUGAAUCAGACAGGUUUGAACAAUUCACAGCUACAGGAAAUCUAGAACAAAAAUCAGAGUUUAUCCUAUCAGGUUGAAAAGUUGGAGAGGAUUUUGCAUCUUAUUGAAAAGAAUUUUCCAAAAAAGUUUCUGUACAAAUGAACGGCACCGCACCACGCUGCCCGUGGAUGCCGAGGAGGGCGGCUCCCUCUGGCCUUCCCACCUCUGGGGGCGGGCGGGGACCAGCGAAGGAGGUGGGAGUAGGAGGCAGGGCCGGGCUCGCGCCCACACUCUGGAUGACAGCGGGCCGUCUCACACGUGCUGGUGUGGGGUUCCUCUCAGUGAAAAACAAGUAGAGACGCUAAGGGUACAAGUUCUCCAAGGGCGUCAUCGUUCGGUGACCUGAAGGUGCCUCAGGUGAAUUUCCUCAGAACUUUUUGUUUCUGCAGGUAACAGCAAAUGGCUAAUGUUCAAAGAAAAGAAG